AUGUAUCAAUUAUCUAUUUUAAUUACGACAUUAUUUGUUGUAUUUAUAUCAAUAAAUGCAAGUCCAAUUUUACGUGACGGUCUUCCAUCAAGAUAUCAUGUAAGUGGUGUUAUUCAAUUACCUUAUGCAGAAAUUAGUGAACCAUUUGAAUCAUGGAUUGAUGUUGAUGCUGGUUUUUCACGUAUUGAUUAUUAUGGAGGUGCAGCUAAAACUAUUCAACGAAAAGGUCAAAGUGAUCAAGAUUUCGGUGCUAAUUAUAAAAUUGUACCUAUGUCUGAUGAACAAGUUUUAAAUAAGAUUAGUUGUUUUCAAGCUAAUGGUUCAAAAGAAGAUAUGGUUGAUGUACAACAUACACUUCCUGAUCUAUCAUCAUUUCAAGAUUUAGGUCCAGCUGAAUGGCGUGGAAUAAAAUGUCAAAUGUAUCAAGCUAUUGAUCAAGAAGGUGAUAAAAAAUCAACAUAUACUUAUUAUAUUAAUGCUGAUACUAAACAUCCAGUUCAUUAUGAAAUGUUUGGUUAUGAUACAUUAAUUGGUUCACAUUUUGAUAAAUAUACAAUUGAUUAUUAUAAUUAUGACGAAGAAACAAUUGAUCCAGCUAUAUUUCAUAUAACAGACGAAAUGACAUGCACCGGAUUUCCUGGUCCUGGUCUUGAACAUACAACUCCACGUGUUUUAUUUAAUCCAAUGAGUGAAUAUAUUAAUCAACAUAAUGAAGAUUAUAUUGAAUCAUCAUUUGAAAAAUUUAAACAUACUCAUCGACAUAAAUAUGAAAAUGAACAUGAACAUCGUCAACGUAUGAAAAUCUUUCGACAAAAUGUUCGUUAUAUAAAUACACGUAAUCGUGCAUCAUUACCAUAUAAAAUGAAAAUAAAUAAAUUUGCUGAUCGAACAGAUGAUGAAUUACGUGUACUUCGUGGUCGUCGUUAUACAAAAGGUUAUAAUGGUGGAUUGCCAUUUCCAAAACAAGAAUUAAUUAAUAGUAAUCAACCUAUACCUGAUUCAAUUGAUUGGCGUAUUAUGGGAGCUGUAACACCAGUUAAAGAUCAAGGUAUUUGUGGUUCAUGUUGGUCAUUUGGUACAACAGGUACUAUUGAAGGUUCUUAUUUUGUUAAAUAUGGAACAUCUAUUCGUUUAUCUGAACAAGAUUUAGUUGAUUGUUCAUGGGGUUUUGGUAAUAAUGGUUGUGAUGGUGGAGAAGAAUUUCGUGCAUAUCAAUAUAUUAUGAAACAUGAUGGUAUUGCUUUAGAAGAUGCUUAUGGUCCAUAUUUACAAGAAGAUAGUUUUUGUCAUCAUGAUAAUAUAACAAAAGGUGCAAAAAUUCUUGGAUAUGUUAAUAUAACUGAAGGUGAUGAAGAAGCUCUAAGAAUUGCUAUUGCAACAAGAGGACCAGUAUCUGUUGGUAUUGAUGCUGCUCAUAAAGGUUUUCUAUUUUAUGCUAGUGGAGUCUUUUAUGAUCCCGAUUGUGGUAAUACACCUGAUGCUUUAGAUCAUGCAGUACUUGCUGUUGGUUAUGGUACAUUAAAUGGUGAUGAUUAUUGGCUUGUUAAAAAUUCUUGGUCAACUUAUUGGGGUAAUGAUGGUUAUGUAUUGAUGUCUCGUAGAAAUAAUAAUUGUGGUGUAGCAACAGCAGCAACAUAUGUUAUUAUUCAAUAA